AUGGUGCCGCUCGAAAUUGAUAGUGAGCCAAAUUCAUCAUCCACUCCUCCUAAACAAUCGAAUUCCAACACAACAGUGGUUCGUGGACCGAAUAUUAAUAGGCUGUCAAGCGUUUUUGAAGAUCCAAACAUAACAGCAGAUCAAACAAUUAUCAAAUCCCAUGUUGCCCCAUCGCUUCCUUUAUCACCAAAAUUGCCUGUUCCUAUGGUUAAGAAAACUUACAUAAAAAAAUCUGUUUCACGUGACAAUGUUGCGAGUGAUAAAAAGGCGAAUAUUGAUGAAUCUUCGUUAAUAUUUGACGAUAUCAAGGCGAAAUUUCAACAAGCUGACGAUGGUGAUAAUGUGAUUCCUAUUCAAACAAAAAAAUUUGUCAGCAAUCGUCCUAAUGAAAGAGUAAGUACACCUACUAGCUCAUCCAAACAUACAAAUAGUGUCAAUAUUAAAGAAUCAGACUCAUUCGCAAGUAGUGAGGAUAGUGUCGUUCUUGAUUGGGUUGAUAUACCAUAUAUUAAUCAGGUAUUAGAGAUGAAUGAGGGAAAUAGUUUAAAUGAUUCACAUAUUAUAUCACAGCAAACGACUUCAAAUUCAUCAAUUAAUAAAAGUCUUGGAAGAAAUAAUUCACAUAGUGCCCAAUCUUCAAAAAGAAAUUCUAUUAUACCAUCAAAUGAUUUUGAAGCAAAGAGAGCUAGCAUUGCGAAUUUACUUUCAGGGUCAUCCCCGAUUUUAGUACGGCCCAAAGAAUUACAUCUGGAGACUUCAAAAGCUUUACCUCCGAUACCAACGCAAUCUCCUUCACAGUCUCCAUCUAUAAAGGUUACGUCCCCUCUUUCAGAUAUAAAUAGUGGAUUUAAGAGUGAAAUAUCAUUGACAAGUUUUUCAAGUGAAACAACGCUUGUUGAAGAGGAUGAAUAUUCAAUUGACUUAAAAAGGCGCAAAAAGUUGUGGAAUGUUAUAAAAGAGUUAGUAGAGACUGAAAGGAUUUUCUUUCAAGAUAUGGUACUUUUGGAAGAGGUGUAUUAUAUACAAGCACAACAAAUUCCUAUUUUCAAUCCAUAUGACUGUAAAACAAUAUUUAGUAAUAUCCCGGAAAUAAUAGACUUUUCGGAGCAUUUUUUAAAUUUAUUGCUUGUAGCUAGUGGAAUUGGAGAGACAGAUGAUGACCCUGAUAAACAUUAUGAACAUGAAAAUGAUAAUACAGCUAUCGGAGAGGCAUUUGCACAGAUGAUGAGAAAGUCUCAGGGUGAGGACAGCAGGAUAGAAGCAAUUUAUGGAGAAUAUUGCAAACGACAUGAAACAGCUGUUCAGAAACUUCAAGAAUUCGACGAUGAUGAUCAAGUUCAAGGAUUUUUACAGAAAUGUAAAAGCCAAUGUGAAGGUCGAACGAGAAGUUGGGAUAUUGCUAGUCUUUUAAUCAAGCCUGUGCAACGAGUAUUGAAAUAUCCACUCUUAUUGCAACAAAUUUUAUCACUCACAAAGCCUUCGCACCCAGAUUAUGAGCAUCUUCAAUUUUCUUUUUCAGAAAUUACAAAAGUUGCAGAACGUAUUAAUGAAAUAAAGAGGCGCAAAGAUAUAGUUGAAAAAAUUGUAGGGAGUAAAAAAAAGUCAGAUGCAGAUAUAAAGCAUGCUACUGGUAUUGCAAAACCUACAGAAGAUGAACUUUAUAAAGCCUAUGUGGCCAAGUUUAAAACUUUAGAGCAAAAAGGAAUUCAAUUAGCUAAGGAUGUGAGAAAUUGGGUAAAGAAUGUUAAAAUGUUUUUUGAAGACCAGCAACGCUUAGCGGCUGCUAUCGAAGAAUUUUAUAUAUUAGGGGUUGCUGCUAAUAAAAAUUCGGAUGAUUGUGUGAGAAUUAUUGAAUAUGGAAAAGCUAUCAAAAGCUUUUCAUUAUCUUGUGGAAAGGAAAUGGAAGACACAAUCAAGAAAAUAAUAUAUCCUCAAAUUGAUAAGAUUUUAGAUCACUUUAAAGCACCUGCAGCUGUAAUGAAGAAACGAGAACGAAAGAUUUUAGAUUAUGACCGAGCCAAUUCGAUUAAAGCUAGAGGUGCAACGCCCGACAAAGCACUCCAACAAUCUGCGGACGCUUUUAAGUCAAUUUCAGAUCAACUGCAUGAAGAAUUGCCCUUGUUUUUUGUUUACAUAACAGAAUAUUUUGAUAUAAUUGUGCAAGAAUUAGUUAAAAUUCAAGCUAAAUUUUACCGUCAGAUGGAUAUGGAUUUCCGACAAUAUUUUUGUAAAUAUAUAGACGUAGAGGCUCUACAGGAAAUAUCAGAUGACAGAGAAUUGGUUUUGAGAGAUAUAGAUGUAACUACAGAAUAUACGAAUUAUUUCCAUGGCUCAUUGGGAAUGGAAGACCGAUUAAGUGAAUUGGUUAUUUUGAAUAAUAAGCAAGGUACUGGCAGACACAGAAAUGGUCAAAGAUAUAGUUUUUCAGAAUCGCUUGGAUCUUCAGGUUCAUCAAAACAAGCAGAUGAUUCACAAAAUCGAACAGAACGGUCGUCAUCAUGGUAUUCGGAUAAUUCAUUAAAUAACAGAAUACAAAACUCCUUUGGACUUGAUGAUUCAGAUUAUGAGAAUCGAUCAAAAAACUUUUUAGACGAUGGUUUUAAUUUCCAAGAAAUUAAAAAAAGAUCGCAACAGCGAUAUAGUGCUCACAAAAAAUAUGCUACUGAUGGAGUUAUAGAUCAUCGAUCACUAGAAGAGGAUGACGAUGAUGAUGUAUUUCAUGAUUCCUUAACCGGCGAGGAGGAUGACGAAACCCUAUUUUUAUGUCAAACUAUUCAUACAAAUAAUUCUAAAGAAAAAAAUGAAUUAAACUUUAAGCCAGGAGCUUUGCUCAAAAUUAUAUUUAUCGAUGAGAGUGGGGAUUGGUGGUUUGCGGUCAAUGCAGAUACUGGAGAUAGAGGGUGGGUAGACCCGGCAUUUGUUGAGAGGAUUGGUUAA